UGAGCAGCACAACGGCCUUUGUGCUACAACGCCUGCCCACAACCUUCCGAGCACGCCAUGGGCCACAAGAUACGCUUCGGAACGGAAUGGCUGGAUUCCGUUGAACUCAAACGACGCUUUCCGGGGCUGAGUGUGGACGUUCCUUGCAGCGCGAAAGGCGUCGCUGGCGAAGACGGCGGCACCAUUUCGACGUCCACCUGUCACAUCUUCGAUCAUUUGUCCCGUUGGAAUUACGUCCUUUGGCCCGUCGGCUUGCAGUUGCGAGAACUCCGAGGUCCCGGAAGACUGUCCCUGGUUCGGGUCGUCUACAGGGGCAGGGGCGGCCGCAUGCAGCAAGCGCGGAGUCGUCACGCCCGGAUUCUCGUUCACGUCCUUCUCGUGCAGCACAGCUGCGUUGAGAGCCUACACCUGGACGACGCCCUAAUCGAAGGCAGUGGACUCGGCGAGUACCGAGAGUGCGUCGUAUCGACGCUUCGGCAAAGCGCGAGCUUACGGACGUUGAUUCUCGGUAGCCUCUUCUGCGAAUACCGGAGCAUCCGAGAGGAACUGUUCGGAGCCGUCGCCACGAUGACGAACCUACGCAAGCUGGUCGUGUUCGGCAGCGCCGCGGCGCCGUCGGUCGUUCUAGACGCGGUUUGUACGCUCCUCGAGGACACCACGUGUCUCGCCACUCUGACGAUACCGAGACUCGUUUACGACGACGCAAGCGGGACGCGCUUAGUCGCCGCUCUUCGCCGCAACAAAACCGUCGAGAAUCUAUAUCUGCACGGCAGCAUCGUGCAUUCCUAUAUGCAGAACGGAAUUUCCAGGUUCUCCCUCUUCAUGGCCAACAGCGCUCAACUGACCUCGGUGAGCGUGGAAGGUGUGGAGACAGAUCCCGCAAGCACAUUCCAAGACAUCAAGUGUAUUGUGGCGCCGUUCCGCAUGCGCAGCAACCUUCAGAAGCUGCGUCUAACGGGCUUCCUGUUAAGUGCAAAGUGCGCGUGUCUAUUCGCUGCCCUAGUGUCCGCGAAAAAGGGGUGUCUCAAGAGUCUGGACAUAGACGGCUGCCGCUGGAGACCGAAGCCGCGGCUAGAACGGCCGCGCGACGUUGGAGCUACUGACGUGGAACAGUUAGGUCAACCCGUGAUCGCCCAUCAACGUUGUCAGUGGAUUCAGGCGUUCGACUACACCACGCGAGUGCAACUCUCGUUCUUCGCCCUGGACAUCGAAGGACUCGAACCGGAAGACCUGCGGCCUCUGUUGAACACUGCCGUUACCGUCGAAUCUCUCAAAACAGUCUCGCUGAGCGGCGUUCCGCUGGACAAGCUGAAGGCAGUUUGCGGAGUAAUCCGGGAGACCGGAAUGGGCGGCCGAGUCCGUAUAGAAGAUGCCUACUUUGUCAACUCGUCGGCGAUAGCUGACCUUCAGGAGUUUCCGGAAGCCUUGUCUACGGUGGCGAUAAGAUCUUUCACCGAGCGGACUCCGAGGGCAUUUGAACUCGUGGUCCGCCUGGCGUGCUUCUGGUAUCGGGUCAGUGCGCUCAACCUCCGCCUGGCGCAGAGCAUCCUGUCGGACGUCCCCACGUUUCGAGCCCUGUGCAACUACUUGAGCACCGCUAAUUCCCUGAGGGCACUCUCGCUGACCGGAUGUGGCGACCCGGAUCUAGGACGUACUGUUCGGUCGGCAGGUCGCCCUUACAGCGUGCUUCUCGAGAUGAUCUUCAAGAAUUCGGCCAUCCGUGCUCUGCGGCUAAACGGGUUCCAUCUGGGUGAGGACAACUUGCGUUCCUUCGUUGCUGGAGUGGUUGCCAGCAAGAGCUUGUGCGAGCUCUCCUUCGCAUCCUGGGACCCGGCCGAAAAUGACAUGUUUGUUCGGCAGCUUGCCUCGAAGUUCCACGGAAACAAAACCAUCACUUACUUCAGUCUUCUGGCAUCUGCGGAUGGUGUAGAGAACGAGUGGUUCGUCAUCGAAAACGUAAUCGGCCGUAACAUGGGGCAUCUGACGUGUGCGGCCCACUAUGUCGUAGGCGUGGACUGCUCGCCUCGUUGCGACGCUGCCCUCAAAGUUGUUUCCGGCACUAACGCACUGAUGAAGAGAGUCGAGGAACUAAUGAAGGACGACGAAACCAUGGGCAACUUUCGAAGCACUUCUGUAGGCUAGACCCGUUCGUGAAACUUUCGGGGUGAAGGCACAGUUUUUAGAAAGCUUAGUAAGACGAAGAGGACAGCGAUGUUCUCCGAUACUCUACAUAUACAAAAUUUCUUCAGUUUCCAUUUUUCGCUGUCAUCCAUCGGCCUAUUGGCGCUGUUUUUAAACUGUCCAUUGUGUGCAGCGUUCUAGUCAUUCAGACAAGAAGUGAUCAAACGCGAAGAUUAGGCUAUUGUACAAAGCUGUUUUGUAACCACGAGACGGGCCUGGAAUCUCUCGUUAGUAUGCAAUUUAUUUUUGUAGGCUGCUCUUUUUAUUGAAACGC